AAAGGGGCCCCCUACUACUCACCACCUGAUCCUCCCUGGACCCAGGACCAGAAAGGAAUUGACACUAUGGCUGGCAAGGGGAGGUUCUCCCCAUCCAACCACUUGGCCUGGGCUGACUUCCUCCUUCCCUGCCUCUCUUCAUCAAAUUCAGAUGAAGAUGUUUGAGGUCACCUAAUAGUUACUAAGCAGGCACCAUCAGGAAACAAAUGUGUAGGUGGUACAGAGCUAUCCAGAGGCCCUGGGGCCAGACUCCAGCACCCUGUGGCCUCCCUGGGGAAGCAACAAUGUCACAGAGAUGGUGGGACACAAGCAAGGAGUACCAGGGAGGAAGAAGAAUGACCCUGAGCUCGGAUGGUUCCUUCUGCAUCCGGGAUUCUCAGAUGCUGCUUCCCCCUGGUGGCCACCCAUCGCCCUGCAACUCAGAAGAGACCACGUGAUUUCAGGGAAACGGACCUCCCGGGAGGAGAACUGAAACUUAGGGUGGGGACUGUAGAAACAGGGCGGAGUUAUCAGGAAGCUCCUAGCCUGGAGCUGAGCUGAGCUGAGCUGAGCUGAGGUCAGCUGAGCCGAGGUCAGCUGAGCCCUGGGACUGCCUGCACUCCUGCUCAGGAUGGCAUCAGGCCGGGCGCGCUGCACCAGAAAGCUCCGGAGCUGGGUAGUGGAGCAAGUGGAGAGUGGACAGUUCCCAGGGGUGUGCUGGGAAGAUGCAGCUAAGACUAUGUUCCGGAUUCCCUGGAAGCAUGCAGGCAAGCAGGACUUCCGGGAGGACCAGGAUGCUGCCUUCUUCAAGGCCUGGGCAAUAUUUAAGGGAAAGUACAAGGAGGGGGACACGGAAGGCCCCGCUAUCUGGAAGACUCGUUUGCGCUGUGCUCUCAACAAGAGUUCUGAAUUUGAGGAAGUUCCUGAGAAUAGCCAUAGAGAUGGGGCUGAGCCCUACAAGGUGUAUCGACUGCUGCCACCAGGAACCUUCCCUGCCCCACCAGCAACCCAGAAAUCACCAUCAAAGAGACACCACAGCUGUGUGUCCCCUGAGAGGGAAGAGGAUGAGGAUACCACAAAGAACUGUAUACUCAGUCCCUCCUUGCCCCAGGACCCCCUCAAAAACAAGGUGGAGGCCAAUGGAGGAACAGGCCAUUCAGGCUUUGGAAGUAGCAGCAGCAGCAGCAGCAACAGCAGCAACAGCAACAGUCCUGAGCCUCAGGAAGGUGUAAACACAAAUGAGGCCCCUUUCCAAGAAGAUCCGGUGACUCUGGAGCUUCUGCCCCCUCCAGACUCAGACUACUCCCUGAUGCUCACCUUCAUCUACAAUGGGCAUGUGGUGGGUGAGGCCCAGGUGCAGAGCCUGGACUGCCGACUCGUGGCUGAGCCCUCCAGCUCCCAGUACAGCAUGGAGCAGGUGGUGUUUCCCAAGCCUGGCCCGCAAGAACCCACCCAGCGCCUGCUGAGCCAGCUCGAGAGAGGUGUCCUGGUGGCUAGCAACUCCCGAGGCCUCUUCGUGCAGCGCCUUUGUCCCAUCCCCAUCUCCUGGAGCGCACCCCAUGCCCCACCUGGUCCAGGCCCGCAUCUGCUGCCCAGCAACAAGUGUGUGGAGCUCUUCAAAACCUCCCACUUCUGCAGAGACUUGGAGAGGUACUUCCGGGGCCUGGGCCCCCCACCGAAGUUCCAGGUGACACUGAAUUUCUUAGAGGAGUACCCUGGGCCCAGCCACACCCCACAGAGUCUUAUCUCAGUUCAGAUGGAGCAGGCCUUUGCCCGACAAUUACUGGCGGAGCGUCCAGAGGACCAGGCAGCCACUAUGUCCCUGUUGCAGAGCCUGGGAGACCUACCUUCCUCCUCUCCGCCCUAUUCUUCCUGUUUUCUUUGAAAGAGACUCAUUCUCCACAUUACUGACCUGCCUCCCUCGGUGAUAAGUCUUAGUGGUUGUCUGUGAUGGUUAUGUCCUUGAACUUCUCAUGGCAUCUGACUGGUUUUUAUCCAUUUUUUGUUUGUUUGUUUUAAUUUUUGAGA